UUUCUGUUCUUCAGGACGAAGCUCGUGGGCAAAAGUGCAGCGUGGAUAGUGAGCGCACUGGGUUUGGAGACGCAGCCUGCCCGUGCUGCUCAUCUCACUCAGUCAUCAGGUCAGUCCGCUCGCUAAUGCUGGAGGAACUGACUGUUACACCUUCUAAAACCCAUUUGACAGCGCAUCUCUCAUGUGUGGAGUUCAUCCGGGAUUCUGGAGUGAUUUGAGCAGAAGUUUGCGCUCUUUCUGUUUUCACAGGAGCUAAUGCUAGCCUGCUAGCUCUUUAAUCUGUGUUUAUAAACCUGAUCAAGUCAACAUGAAGAUUGCUGUGGAUUUCGAGGAAUGUCUCAAGGAUUCCCCCAGAUUCAGGGCGACGAUCGAGGAGGUGGAGGGCAACGUCUGUGAGCUCGAGUCCAAACUAGACAAGCUGGUGAAGCUAUGCAUCGGGAUGAUAGAUGCUGGAAAGGCAUACAACACGGCCAACAGGCAGUUUGUGAACGGGAUUCAGGAGUUGGCACAGACUUCUGCCAAAGAUGAUGUCAUCGAGUCCAGCCUGAGCAAGUUUGCAGAGAAUCUUCAAGAGAUGAUCAACUAUCACACAAUUUUAUUUGACCAAGCACAACGAUCAAUCAAAUCACAGCUCCAGACAUUCAUUCGAGAGGACCUUCGGAAAUUUAAAGAAGCGAAGAAACAAUUUGACAAAGUGAGCGAGGAGAAAGAAGCAGCCCUGUCCAAAAAUGCCCAGGCGCCUCGAAACAAACAGCACGAGGUGGAGGAGGCCACCAGCAUCCUCAUCGCCACGCGCAAGUGCUUCCGCCACAUCGUCCUGGACUACGUGCUGCAGAUUAAUGUGCUGCAGUCCAAGAGACGAUCAGAAAUCCUCAAAUCGAUGCUGUCUUUCAUGUACGCACACCUGACCUUCUUCCAUCAAGGUUAUGAUCUCUUCAGUGAACUACAGCCCCUCAUGAAACAACUGACCCAACAGCUGGAUCAGCUGGUGAUGGACUCCACAAAAGAAAGGAAGGAUAUGGAGAUGAAACACUCGACUAUUCAACAGAAGUUGUUAACCUGCUCUCUCUUCUUUUCUGACUGCUCAUAUGAGGCCGUGCUGCAGGACUUCUCAAAUGACGACACCAAGCUGGGGUACAAUGUGGACGCAGAGAAUGGGAUCGUCAUGGAGGGAUAUCUGUUCAAGAGGGCCAGCAAUGCCUUCAAAACCUGGAACAGGCGAUGGUUCUCGAUUCAGAACAAUCAGCUAGUGUACCAAAAGAAAUUUAAGGAUAACCCUACGGUCGUGGUGGAAGACUUGCGCUUGUGCACUGUCAAACACUGCGAGGACAUCGAGCGCAGAUUCUGCUUCGAAGUGGUUUCUCCAACAAAGAGCUGUAUGAUGCAAGCGGACUCUGAAAAACUCAGGCAGGCCUGGAUCAAAACCGUCCAAAACAGCAUCGCCACAGCCUUCAGGGACAAAGCAGAGGACGCCGAGAAGAUGGACAGAAAGUCGUCUGCAUCUUCAGGCAGCUUGGACUCAGGUGGCGAGGUGAAGGAGAGGAGUCUGAAGGGCGAGAGCGCGCUGCAGAGGGUCAUGGCCAUCGGCGGGAACAGCAGCUGCUGUGACUGUGGACAGCCGGAGCCACGCUGGGCCAGCAUUAACCUGAGCAUCACGCUCUGCAUCCAGUGCUCGGGCAUACACAGGAGUCUUGGCGUUCAUUUCUCGAAGGUCAGAUCUCUGACGCUGGACACGUGGGAGCCUGAACUGCUCAAGCUGAUGUGUGAGCUGGGAAAUGGUGUCAUAAAUCAUAUUUACGAGGCUCGGCGAGAAGAGUUAGGAGCCAGGAAACCACAGCCAGGAGAUCCCAGGCACGAGGUGGAGGCCUACAUCAAAGCCAAGUACGUGGAGCGCAGGUUUGUCCAGAGACUCUCCGAAGACGAGAUCAGACAGAAGGUUUCAGCACUGAGUAAACAAGAUAAACCUCUCAGCGGCUGUUCGGAUGCUCGCCCUUCAGGAGGACCAUCAGCGUCUGCUUCAUCAGUGAAAAGCUCAGACGGUGACAUGACGAACCUCACAGAUGGCAGCAGAGAGACUUCCUCCAGUUCGCUCAACAGCACAGAAGCCCCAGAGCCUCACGAGGAGAGUCCUGGUGAAGAUCUGGAGGUUUUCUGCGAGCCCAAGCAGUUGACGCCGGGCCUGCAGCUGUACUGGGCGUCUUUCUCCCGCAGUCUGCCGGACAUGGCUGAAGCUCUCGCCCACGGAGCAGAAGUCAACUGGACCAACACAGACCACGAGAACAGGACGCCGCUCAUAAUGGCUGUUCAUGGGGGGUCUCUGGCCAGCUGUGAAUUCCUGCUCCAGAAUUCGGCCAGCGUCAACCAGCAGGACAAUCUGGGCAGAGGGCCUUUACAUCACGCCACUCUCCUGGGACACACCGGGCAAGUGUGUUUAUUUCUGAAACGGGGAGCCAAUCAGAAUGCAGCAGAUGUCGAGAAUCAAACGCCGCUUUCAAUCGCGGUCAAGGCAGCAAACGCUGAUAUUGUCACGCUGCUGCGGCUGGCCAAGAUGAACGAGGAGAUGCGGGAAUCCGAGGGUCUGUAUAGUCAGUCAGGAGAUGAGACGUACCAGGACAUCUUCCAAGACUUCUCUCAGAUGGCAUCGAACAACCCAGACAAGCUCAACCGCUACUGAGCGAACACAGCAGACUUCCUCAACAUUACUGCAGUGUGGGAUUUCUUCCAAAUCGGAUUGGCUGCAGAUUAUUGUGCAUAAUAUAAAAUGUUUUCAUCAUUAGGUUUUGUCUUCAUUGACAUGAUUUUUUUUUUAUAUAUGAAAUCAAUGGUGCUGCCCACAUAAUCUGGGUGACACCAGCAGAAUUGUUGCAUUUUUAUUGUAAACGUUUCAAAUGUGACCCUGCAGCACAAAAGCAGUCUUAAGU